AUGACAACGAUAAAAACUUUAGAAAAAUUUGAAAUUGCAGCAAAAAGUGAAGGGUUUACCAUGAAUGAAGACAAAUGCGUUUACUCAGCAGCAACUCUUGACUUUCUUGGAUACCGUAUCUCACACAAUACCCUCAGCCCUGGCCCAGAAAGGCUUGCUCCACUCCUCAAUCUUCCUACAAUAACUGACGCGAAAUCAUUAAAACGUAUAGUCGAAAAAGCAUUUGAGUCAUUAAAGGUAGAACCAGCCAAUGCUGCCAUUCAAGUAAUAGAUGAGAACAUUCCAUUCACUGUUGAGACAGAUGCUUUGGAUUUUGCCAUAUCUGCGACACUAAAUCAAGAGGGAAGACCUGUUGCAUUCCAUUCUUUCACACUGCAAAGUAGCGAACAGUACUACUCUCUUUGA